GCCAUUUAUUUCCUCAUCGCCGGCACUUAUACGCCCUUCUUGCUCUUCUACUCUGACCACGUUGGGCUGGUGGAGCUGCUGAAGGUGGAGUGGGUUCUUUGCUGGGUCGGAAUUGUCGUGCACAUUUGCUCGCAAUACUUCGACUGGGGCACUUCAGAGUGGACAACCGCUGACAUGACGACACCCUCCAGUCUCGCAAGGUGCCGUACCUGACUGGAGAGCUGAUUUUGUAUCUGAUGAUGGGCUGGGCAGUGGUCUUGGUUUGGGAUACCUUUCGCUCCGUGAUGCCACCAGCUUGUAUGUCAUGGCUCGUGGCGGGCGGGCUCUUGUACACUGGGGGCGUGCCGUUCUUCAUGCUCGCCGACUACAGGCCGAUCCACCAUGUGAUUUGGCACCUCUUUGUGGCUGCAGCCGCCAUUUGCCAUUGGAUGGCCGUUAAGGACGCGGCUCGUGAUGCCUUGCUGCAUCAUUCGCAUGGGCCCUUCAGCGCGCCGGUCGAGUGGUGGGUCGAAAGGUUCCAUGAAGUUCGCGAGGAAAUGUCAAAGCUUCACAAUGAAACUCAAGAUCACGGCGUUUACAGGACCCUGAUCGAUCAUUUGGCUCCACUGCUGAAUGGCACUGCCAUGCAUGGCGUCUCCACGCUGGCCUCCUGAGAGUCCCACAGCUGGAGGGCACGGGCACGCAGGUCCGGAGCUCCUGCCAUGCUCACAGCCAGCUGUGAGAUUUCAACUACUUCCAUAGCUGGAUCCAGGGCGUUCAGAACUGGAUUCCGGGCGAGCAUGGGGCCUAUGAACCUGAAGACAAAACAUGAGUCGUUUCACAGGGUUUGAGACGGAGACGGUUUGAGCGAUGAUGGGUGGAUCCUGCA